AUGACUGAUGAAACGAGGAAUAUGGAGGUGAGCGAAGGUGAUGAUUGCCAGGAAGAGACCAACAUUACGCAAGGAGAGGUACUGAAAUUCACAUCAGCUGCGCUAAAAUAUGCGGGCAAAAGUGGGAAGAAAUUGAAAAACCAUAAUAAAUAUGCAGGAAUCGGUGAAAAGUACCAUUUACGUUUCAAGAUGAUCAAAUGUAAUCAAGCGCUUGUAAAGACAAUACUGCAUAGCUAUGGAUUUGAACAGUGUUCUUCAAGAAAUUCAAAUUGCAAUAUUAUCUGGACCGGUUCACAUUUGAAACCACAUGUUUUGCGUUCUAUGGCUUCAUGGCAGCGUGUGAAUCACUUUCCAAGAAGUUUUUUACUGACGAGGAAGGAUAAGCUAUAUGAGUGCCUGGGACGAGCUCAGACCUUAUUCGGAAAUUCUUACAAUAUCAUCCCUGAAUUUUUUGUUACCCCUAAAGAUUAUCAGAAAUUUGUCGACCACUUUAAUGCACAGUCGCACGGUCUAAAACCUUUCAUCGUAAAACCAGUUGCUUCUUCACGUGGCAAUGGCAUUUUUAUUAUCCAGAGUCCUGGAGGUAUACCACUUGGAUCCCCCAUGCUAGUUUCACGUUACAUCGAAAAUCCAUAUUUGGUUAACGGAUACAAAUUUGAUUUGAGAUUAUACGUACUAGUAACGUCAUUUUGUCCGCUGGUUGCUUACAUGUACAGUGAAGGGCUUGCACGGUUUGCUUCGGAGAAAUAUUCCAACAGUGCAAAAAGCUAUGAGCAACACUUUUCACAUCUUACUAAUUAUUCACUUAACAAAAACAAUGGGAAAUUCAUCAGGAAUGAAAGUGCUGAUACUGAGGACACUGGUCACAAAUGGACAUUAGGUGCCCUACUCCGAAAACUACAGAGUAACGGGAUAGAUACAAAUUUGCUGAUGGUGCGUGUAGAAGAUGUCGUAUUGAAAGCUUUAUUCUCUGUACAGGGACAAGUCGCGGCAGCUAGUAAAAACGUUGUACAUUCUAAAUGUUGCUUUGAAUUGUUUGGCUUUGACAUAUUGAUUGACAGUAGCCUUAAACCAUGGCUUUUGGAAGUGAAUCUAUCGCCCAGUUUAAGUUGUGACACUCCACUAGAUUUGCAACUGAAGUCUUCUUUAGUUUGUAAUGUUCUUACGCUUGCUGCUUUACCACUUCUUCCCCAGAAAUACACAGAAGGCCGAUUUCCCACUUGUGCUACUUUUUGUACUUCAAGUAGAAAGAGAUAUAUGUCAAAGGAUGCAGCUUUAUUCGUUGCCCAGCGUUUAAAGAAGAAAUCAAUUCGAUGUCUCUCACCAUCCUUCAGCCCAACAAAAAUUUACGCAAACAACAAGGAACGGGCCCGAAAUAGCUUAGAAAGAUGGAAGGUGGAAUUUGAUCGCUUGGGUGCUUUUGUUCCAUUGUUUCCUCGUGAAAAUUCCUUCUAUCUUUAUAGUUAUUUAAUGGAAGAUUAUGAUACGAUCAACUGGGAUGCGCGUUUGUUUGAAGAUAUUUACGGUGAUAGAUUUUCUGAUCUUUUUACUGAAAAAACAGUUAAACUGGUGCAGAAGGAACUUAUGGAUUGCGAAAAUAUAGUGGAAAUAGCCUCCUUAUCGGGAUCGGUGCGUGAAGCUCUAAUGCCAUCAUUAAAAAUGGCCGGGAGGUACAUGUCGAGAAUGACUAAGCCAGGUAUAAAAUAUGCAAAUAAAUUACCAAAACUUCGGUCAGAGUUGCGUAAGAGAUCUGAUAGCUUUGAACAAAUGGAAUCCAAACUACGACCACUUGUAGUUGAUUAUGAUGAUGUCGUUUUUGCAACAAGUCUUCAAAUUGACCAUGCUGCUUUUGAGAAAGCUUUCAUUGAUGGAGCAAAUCCAAAAAUCCCCUUAACGGAACUGUCUAAAAUUACUGUUUUCAAAACACCAGGUAUCUCUCUGUCGGAAAACAAAAUAAGGCAAAUUCGCGCUGAUCCCGACGAAAAUGCUGAACCGAUAAUAGCUGUACAAUUUUAA